AUUUGGUAUUGUUUCCUAAAAAAGCCAUGGAAGCGCUCACUGCCCUCCCCGUCUCUUAUCUGUUCCCUUGCUGCCGCCGACCCGUUCAGGCGAAAUCUCUCUCGGAUGCCGAACCCUCCCUACUCCAGCGCGAUACGUUGCUUCUUCCUGCCAGAUCUGCUUCCUCGCGCAGCCCUCGCCGGCGCUUCCGCCGCCUCCGCUCCAGCAUUAACGGCGACAAGUCUGACGAGUCUCAGUUCUUCAACGAGGACGGCGUCGUGGAGGACAUGGAUGGCUACCUCAAUUACCUCUCGCUCGAGUAUGAUUCCGUUUGGGACACCAAACCCUCGUGGUGCCAGCCGUGGACCAUAUUGCUUGCUGGGAUUGCAGUUAUUGCAUCUAGCUGGGUUAUUCUCCAUUCAGCAACAAUAAGUGGUGGAGUAACCUUACUAAUAUGUGGAUGGUGGUACAUUUUCCUUUAUUCAUACCCUAAGGCAUAUUCAGACAUGAUAGCUGAAAGAAGAAAAAAGGUGAGCAGUGGAAUUGAAGAUACAUUUGGACACAGAAAGAGUGGAAGGUAAGUUUUUGUAAUCUUUUUGUGCUAUUUGAACUACAAUGAGGAUGAUCAACAUGAAGCAAAGAGGAGAUGGAAUAAACUUGAGGGAAAUCUUCCACCUGAAACCGCCAUCAAUUUCUUCUGUUUCGACUUCAUAAGUGUCUCGAGUAACUCAUUUUCAUUGUAAAUUCCCCUGUAUGUUAUUUCAAUUUCAGCGUUUCAUCUAUCGAACUAGUAAUUAUGUUGCCUUAUGACCUCGUUACAAGUUCUUCCUCUCCACUUUAGUUUACUUCCUUUGCACCUAUAUUUAGUACCUGAGAUUAGAUGUUUCCCCUUCCAGAAUGCGUAUCGUAUUAUAAUUUUAAAACCAUAAUUGGAUUCGUAAAUACUUUUAAAAAUCCUUUAUAAAAAUUCCUUAAAAUUUGAGUAGUUUUUUUAAAAAAAAACACAUUGAUGGAUUUUAAUAAUCAAUAUGACGCUACAAGUAAUUAAAAUAAUUUUUGGAAAGAGCAAAAAGCAUUAAGGUAUUUUAGAAAUAUUGACGGGUGACGGACCACGAUCCAUUCCUGGUUCUGGGCCGCCGAUCGGUUUUUUCUUUCUCUUGCCAAGGCAAAAGUACCAGUCUCGCCUCUUCGCUGCUUAAUCUUGCGCGCCGGAGUCGUGCGAGAGCUGAGGGCACUGGAUCCGCUUGAUUCUUCCUAGAAAGCGGAACCUUUUCAGAUUCCUCGGUCUGCAGCUGGAUCUUGCUCGGAUCAGCGCCGAACGCGAGGCUCCAAUCUGAGAGAUCGAGAUGACGAAAUCUGCGACGGAGAAGAGGAGGGUUCGGCGAGUAUCGCAGAACGGGGGGAAAGAAGCGUCCGACGCGCCUCCCAAG